AGAAUGUGUUUACCAUAGCUGUAUUAGUAUUUAUGAGAAGGCGGAGUUCUGCGCUCAGGACAGAAAGAAAUAAACGGAGGCGCGGAAGCGCGAGGAGGAACACGGACGCUUGCGGAAGACACGCGCUCUCAACCUGCGUAUCUGAAGAAUUAGACGUGCUUGUCCAGGUGAGCUGCCUGUGUGUCCCUCACAAUGUUUGUCUCACUGCACCUCUGCGUGUUGAUGGCAGUUUGUUCUUUGAGUGUUUCCACAUCUCUGUCCUCGUCUUACGGAGAACGAGGCUCUGAUCUCGGCCUGCAGGUGUUUUUGCGUGUGGUCCAGGACAAACCCCUGGAGAAUGUGGUCAUGUCCCCUCACGGCGUGGCCUCCAUCCUGGGCAUGCUGCUCCCGGGGGCCCACGGGGACACUCGCAGACAGCUACUCACCAGCCUCAAAUACAAGAAAUCCGGCCCAUAUAAGAUGUUGCGGAAGUUGCAUAAGGCCCUGACGACCAAAUCCAACGCUGAUAUUGUGACGAUCGCCAACGCGCUGUUCCCAAAUGAGGGCUUCAGCAUGAAAGAAGACUUCCUGUCAGCCAACAGGGAAAACUUCCUGUGUGAGACUCAAACCAUUGACUACAGCAACCCAGAGAAGGCUGCAGAAACCAUUAAUGAAUGGGUGAAGAACAGCACCAAAGGCCAUAUUCCCAGUAUUGUCAAUGCGGAUAUGUUCGAUUCUGCUCUGACUCGUUUGGUGGCUGUCAAUUCCAUUUACUUCAAAGGCCUGUGGAAGUCCCGUUUCCAGGCCCAGAACACCAAACCCAGAAGCUUUACUGCAGGAGACGGAAAGACAUACAAAGUGCCCAUGAUGUCCCAGCUCUCCGUCUUCAACAUGGGUCAGGCCAGCACUCCAGAAGGUUUGAAGUAUACAGUGAUCGAGCUGCCGUAUCAUGGUAAUAGCAUGAGUAUGUUCAUUGCGUUGCCGUCAGGAGAGGACACGCCCCUGUCAGCCAUCUUGCCGCACAUCUCCACAGCAACCGUCCAAACCUGGACCAAACAGCUGAUCCAGAGGAGGAUGCGCCUUCUAAUGCCAAAAUUCACAGCCGAGCAAGAGGUGGAUUUGGAGGCUCCUCUUAAAGCGAUGGGAAUCAAAGACAUCUUCAGUCAGAACAAAGCUGAUUUCAGACACCUGAGUUCGGAGUUUGUUUACGUGUCCAAAGCACUUCAGAAGGCCAAGAUAGAGGUCAAUGAGGAUGGGACCAAAGCCUCUGCUGCCACAACUGCAAUCUUGCAUGCCCGAUCUUCUCCUCCGUGGAUGACUGUGGACAGACCGUUCCUGUUUCUCAUCAGACACAAUCCUACAGGAACCAUUUUGUUUGCUGGCCAGAUCAACAAACCUUGAGCCAGAGAUCAUAGGGGGUUCUUCCUCAGUGAUCAACACACACACACACACAGAUAUAUUAAACUUUUGUCCUGGACUGCGUGUUCUGUACCCAUUCAAUUUCUCAAGUGUCUUUUUACCCUAAUUUUUACUUUGUCUUUGUAUUGCAUUUCUGUUAUCUUUAUAUACUUGGGGAACAUUUUCUAAGAUUUUAUACAUGGUUUAUAAUUUGUCUCUAAUGCAAACAUUCUCACAAAAUGUGUGCAACUUAAAUGCUAAGACAACUUUUAUUUAACUUUAACUGAGAUUUUUUUUUUUUAAAUUUUAUUUUAUUUGUCAUAUUAACGAUACAUUUUCCUGCAUUGAGUAAUAUUUUAUUAAAUAAGGUACUUAAACCGGUUCACCUUGUCUUUUUUAACUUUCAGACUUUUACAUUUGUUGUUUAUUUAAUAAAGUAUACUCAUAUUACUA